GCAGUGACGGGGGACAGCGUCGUGCGGUGCGGUCGAUCGUGUUUCGUUUCUUCGGCAGGGAAAAACGAUCGGCAGCUAUCAUUCGCGCCGCCACGGGAUUCCCAACUGGAUUCGCGCACUCCGUUCUGAAACACCGAAAGUUUCUCGUGGAAUUUUUUGUAAUUUUUGGAAGACUCGCGGUGAAGAGAAAAAGAUGUUUCUCACCGCUGGCACGCACGUCAGGCACUGAACGCGCGCUCUCUCUUUCACUCUCAGCCUGCAGCUCCGGUUCCUGGCGCCAAAGGAGAGCGGGAGUCUCGUAUUUAUCAGCUUUGGAAUUAAUUGCCACUUGCGAAGGGAAGUGCGCUUGCGUUUCCUCAGGACGCCAGGCAUUUGCAGUUUCCGCGCGAAAGAGAGAGAGAGAGAGAGACAAAAGCAGAAACGACCAAUUUAAUAACGGCAAGUCCGCAAUUCGCGCUUAGACCCGUCGUCCAAUAGCAUGCAGUGCAUAAUCAACGCCGUUCGUAAUUGCGGAGCACAAGACCAAAAGAAGAAGGGCAAAAAGGCGAGGAAGAAGCAGGAGAAGAAGAUCGUGGAUGAGCAUCAGUUACGCAGGGAUCUGAGGGAGCAGGCGAAGAUGACGGAGUCCACGGACCUGGUGCAGGAAGCUACGAUGCUCACGCAGGUGCAGGUCGAACCGCAAUACUCCGAAGAUAUUAGGAUCGGUGGUAUAGAGGGAGGCGCCACAUAUUCCACGCUCGUAAUACUCGACGGAAAAGGUGCGAGGCUAACAGAAGUUAAAGGACCGCAAACUAAUCAUUGGACAAUCGGAAUAGACGAGACAGCUGCCAGGCUCAGCGCGAUGAUCGAGAAGGGUAAACAAGCACUAGAUAUACCGGAAAGCGUUCCUUUAGAUUGCGUAGGACUUACUUUAAGCGGUUGCGAGGAGGAAGCCAGUAAUCGUCAACUCGCGGAAACUUUAUUGGAAAAAUAUCCACAGUCUGCCAAGGACUACGUGGUUGGCUCAGAUACUCUUGGUAGCCUUAGGACUGGCUUGGAAUCCGGUGGGAUUGUGUUGAUCGCCGGAACCGGCAGCAAUGCUUUGCUGAUCAAUCCGGACGGGAAGACUCAUGGUUGCGGAGGAUGGGGAUACAUACUGGGCGACGAGGGAGGAGCUUAUUGGAUCGCCCGUCGCGCCUGUAAAUAUGUAUUCGACGAUAUGGACGGUUUCGUGGAAGCACCAGCGUCAAUAAGCUAUAUCUGGCCGGCGAUGAGAAGUUACUUCAAUGUGACUGAUAGGAACGGUAUAUUACCGUAUUUCUACGCGAAUUUCAACAAAAGCACUAUUGCCGAGUUCACUAUGAAAGUUGUGGUCGGUUGCGAGAGAGGCGAUCUGUUGUGCCUGAAAAUCUUUGAGGAAGCUGGGCAACUUCUGGCGAGACAUGUCGACGCCCUCUCGAAAAAGGCUCAUAAUGAUCUCAAACUCGCUCACGGUGGCUUAAAGGUGAUCUGCGUCGGAUCUGUAUGGAAAUCGUGGAAAUUUUUGAAGGACGGUUUCGUGAAUGAAAUCCAUGACAAGCACGUCGUGGACGAGUUGAGUCUGAUGCGUUUGACAACAUCAGGGGCGUUAGGCGCCUGCUACGUGGCCGCGGAGAAGAUUAAUUGUCCAUUCGUCAAGCCGUACGACAGCAAUGUCGAGAUCUUUUUCCAUUACAAGCGCGAUCAUUAUCCGGAGACGUGAAAGACGGAACAUUCGGUAGAAUUAAAAAUUCAUACGUCCGACUGUAAAAGCGCUCACAUUCACGGAAACGGAGAAAGUACAUGAUAAGAUAUAAAUAAAUGAAUUUCGAAAAAUAUGCUUAGUCGGCGCUGAAACAGUUUAUCUGCAGACACGUUGCUAAAGUUAUAAACAGAUUAUUUCGCGUGCUUAAUAAUUGGAAAGAUUUCUAGUAAGUUUCCGAUUGGAGCGGUUAUGAAGCACACGUGUAGUUCUAAAUACAUGAAUGACAUACACAAAUCUGCGAAAAAUGAAAGAAUUCGCGUUUGUAAAAAUUACUGUAAAUAUCGAUUUAGCGUGUAUAUAAAUUUUUAUGAAACCGAAAGCAAUAUAAUAAAA